UUGUGUGGGGCGCGCGCUUCGGCCUCGACCGUCAUGACGGGUUUGUUGCAGUGUUACAAUAAGGGCUGUGGACAGAAAUAUGAUGAGGGAUCUAAUACUGAAGAUCGAGAUUCUUGCCAGUAUCAUCCUGGAGAACCUAUAUUUCAUGAUGCGAAGAAGAAAUGGUCAUGUUGCAAAAAAUUCAGUACGGACUUCUCGGAAUUUUUGAGUAUUAAAGGGUGUACUAAAGGAAAACACUCCAAUGUACGUCCUGUUGAGCCAGAAAAAAACAAAACCAAUGGCACGGAUUCUGCGGAACUUUCCUCCGUACCGCUUACUCCUGCCGCCCCUGCUCCUCUUCCACCAGUCAGCAACUCACAACCUCGGCCGUCUCCUUCGGAACCCAUGUGUCAACUAUCCGUAGAAGUCACACCUAGUUUGAAAACCUUACUGAGCAAAAUGUCUAUUGAACACAAAUCGGACGCUCACGGUACUGGUGCUGUCGAGGAGGAUACAGUCAACGUUGUUGUGGGAACCAGUUGCAAAAAUAGUGGAUGCAAAGCUACCUAUUCGGGCACGGCGGCGGACAACGACUUGUGUUUGUAUCAUCCAGGAGUUCCCAUAUUCCACGAAGGGCAACCUGUCGGCACGAUUGGUUCCAACUACCGGACAAGGAAUCGAGCCACAAAUUUAGCCGUCUCAAUCGCCGCCCAGGCAACCUGUCGGCACGAUUGGUUCCAACUACCUGGACAAGUAAUCAUCACAGUCUAUGCCAAAGCUGUUAUCCCCGAAUCGGUCAAUGUCACUGCAAACCGAGUGCGACUUCACGCCACUUUCGAGUUUGGUUCGGACAGACAGCGGUUCGACAAAACUUUCGAAUUGUGUGGAACUGUGGUUCCGGAGGCUUCUGUGAUCAAACUGAUGGGCACAAAAGUUGAAAUUGCUCUCAAGAAGGGUGAGGCAAUGUCCUGGCCGCGACUCGAAAUCCUUGCCCCUUCCACUGCGACAGGUGAUGAAUCCAAGACUCAAUGACCCGGAUCGAGUGGAUGACAGAGUUCAGUGUGUGUGCAAGCCCUUGCAGCACGUUCCCUGUACCUUGUGAUACCCAAUGAACUUUAUGCAACUGAUAUAUGUAUUCAUGCGUGGUCGGAUCUUACUGUGUCUCUUAUGCUGUUUGAAGACAUACUCACAAUUUGUCAUCGAUUAGAAACGCAGUGUUUGUAACCCAACGCAAACGUAUUGUUCUGGAAUACAUUCG